ACUGUGUUGCUCGUAUGCAGCGCUACAUUGUCACCAAGCUUGGAGAAGAUUGGAUCUUCCUGGUUCUGCUUGGCCUCACGAUGGCGCUAGUGAGCUGGUGUAUGGACUACGCCAGUUCCAAGAGUCUGCAGGCCUAUAAGUGGAUGUUCCAGGAGCUGAAAGGCAAUGUUCUGCUGCAGUACCUGGCCUGGGUCACCUAUCCCAUGGUCCUCAUCGUGUUUGCUUCACUCUUCUGUCACCUUGUUGCUCCGCAGGCAGUGGGCUCAGGGAUUCCCGAGUUGAAGACGAUUCUACGAGGCGUGGUCCUCAAAGAAUAUCUGACCCUCAGAGCCUUUGUGGCCAAAGUGGUCGGGCUGACCGCAGGACUGGGCAGCGGCAUGCCAGUGGGGAAAGAGGGUCCAUUUGUUCACAUCGCCAGUAUCUGCGCUGCCGUUCUCAGCAAAGUCAUGUCAAUCUUCUCAGGGGUGUACGAGCACCCUUACUGCUACACUGACAUUCUGACGGUGGGCUGUGCUGUGGGAGUGGGCUGCUGUUUCGGGACCCCCCUGGGAGGUGUCUUGUUCAGUAUCGAGGUCACUUCCACUUACUUUGCUGUCAGAAAUUACUGGCGGGGUUUCUUCGCUGCCACGUUUAGUGCCUUCAUAUUCCGGGUUCUGGCUGUCUGGAACAAAGACGCAGUAACGAUCACUGCCCUUUUCCAAACAAACUUCCGAAUGGAUUUCCCCUUUGACCUCCAAGAAUUGCCUGCGUUUGCUAUCAUUGGGAUCUCGUGUGGGUUCCUUGGUGCCUUCUUUGUGUACCUGAAUCGGCAGAUGGUUCUCUUAAUGCGAAGACAAACGAUGUUAACAUGCUUCCUGACAAGAUAUCGGCUCAUCUACCCAGGGGUUGUGACCUUUGUCAUUGCAACCUUGACCUUUCCCCCCGGCUUUGGACAGUUCAUGGCUGGAGAGCUGAUGCCUCGCGAGUCGAUAAACUCCCUCUUCGAUAACCACACCUGGACGAAGCACGUCAGCUCCACGCACGUUCUGGGGCGAUCGGCGGUCUGGGUGCACCCCAAAAUCAGUGUCUUCUUCAUCCUGCUGCUCUUCUUCGUCAUGAAG